AUGGACAUCUCCGUCCUGCCCAACAACAACCACCCGGAAAAGUUCCUUCAACUGGACGUGGGAAUGCUGCCCGCCUCCCACGGGAUGUUCCAGGUGGGAGCAGCUCUGUCUGGGCAGAGGCAGUGGAGCAACCAGGUCUAUCAACAGAGGGAACGUGGAUCUGCGAGCGCCCGCAGGCCUUCACCAGAGGGCAGUCCGGUGGUGUUUGUCGACAGAUACCUGGAGAGGCACAUCACGCCGCACACUUUGAAAUCCACGAUCAAGAGGAACCCCCUAUACACCGACAUUAGAACCACAGACGUGGAGCCGAACCAGAGGUCCAAGCCCUCCUGGACCAUUCAGGAGUUUGACAGGCACUCGAUCCAUUCCGACCUGGCGGGUCAUUCAAAGGAAGAAGAAAAAGACCCCCAAGAUCUAGAUUUUUGGUUGGAAGACCUCUACACACCUGGCUACGACUCCUUGUUGAAGAAGAGAGAAGCAGAGAUGAAAAGGAAAAGAUUUUGCAAAAUUCUUACCUGUGUCAUUAUGUCUGUGUGCGCAAUCAUUAUCAUUAUCACAGUGCCAAUUCUAGUCACCAAAAAUCUAAAGAAACCAUAA